AUGUUCGAAACCAGGGCCGAGCCCUCGCAGGGCGUCUCGGAGGAGAAAACCGAGCCUUUCUCUCAGUCAGAGAUCGAGGCCCGAUUUCACGGCGUCGGAGACGAUGAGCCAGGCAUCCCUGCGGACCCCGAGGCCGUUCCGCUCGACGUCUUGCAAGUCGAAGAUCACCACCACGAGCAAGGCAUCCGCAUCCUCGUGCGGCCUCUCACCAAGCUUCCCGGCGCCCGCUCCGUGAGUCCCGGCAGCGACAAUUGCCAGUGGCUGGCUCUGCGCGCCGAGGUGGCCUCCUCGGACAAGCCUGAGCACAAGGUCCUGGCUGUGACUCAGACCUCCAAGGACAUCAAGUUCUCCGUUAGGAUACCCGGAUCUACCCAGGACGACCUGUCACGACCACCACUGUGGUGUGAGCUCUAUUACGAUCCCGCCAGCGACAAGGUCAUCUUCCUCAACCGGUCGGAUGUGCCCAUACUGCUCGGCCGUGUGUCCCAUGUUGCCGCCGCCGCCAGUCCUCCCCCAAGCGAACGCCAUGUCAUCAACCCGGGCCUCGCCAAGGGGCUUACACCUGGCACCUUUCGGAUCAAAGUGAGAGACGUUGCCGUACUUGAUUUUCGCAUUUUGGAGAAGCGUCCAGUGGCCAUCUAUCAACAGCCAAUCUCAUUGACAGUGCCCGAGGAGGACACGCCCGCAUCAUCGCCGUCGUUCGUCACGUCUGACCAAGUCAACGCAAGUAUGAAGAGAGCUCUUACCCCGGAGGAAGACGUGAAGAGGGUGAAGCGGAGAAUUACGGACGCCAGAGGAGAUGACGGCGUUGUCAUGUUUCUGGGACCAACUGACCCUCUCGUCUUCCCUCUUCCCAACAACGCGAGAGAGGCCAAGGUACUGGCUGCAUCCGACGGCCAUGCACUCUUGGACGCAGAGCAGGGCGAGACAAUUGCUGUCAAUGGAGUGUGUGAGCUGGACGAAUACCACUUGACGAAACGCGAGCCCAUUGCAUCCACGGCUCUGUCGGCAGUCUAUACCGCAUCACAUUCGCAGGUGCCCAAUAACAUCGUCACAGUCAAGGUGCUCAAGACAAGGGUCGCAAACCCAGACAACAAGCCGCUGGUGCAUGAGCGGAGUGUCAUCCGCCAAGCAGACAUGUGGCUGCGAGAGUGCCAGAGCCAACAAGACUUGCAACACGACUCGAUUGUACGCUACUACGGAGGAGAUGCCAGAUUCCUGAGUCUCUACAUGGAGCACAUCGACGCCAAAGAUCUCACUGCUCCUACCAGGUGGAGAAACAAGGCUACGGACGAGUUCGUCGGAACACGCGAAGACUCUGUUCGGAUAUUACGCGACAUCUCGGGCGCCCUCAACUACCUCCACGGCCGCAAACUCGUCCACAACGACAUCAAGCCCGCCAAUAUCCUGUACGCGCCUGAGCGUGGCGCCGUCCUCUGCGACUUUGGGCUGACGACGCCGGCGGCAAGCUCGCCUUCUGGCGGCGGAACUCCUUACUACAUUCCUCCCGAGUUCAUCACACGCAAGAGCCGCGGCCCAGCCUCUGACGUCUGGGCGCUGGGUGUCACGAUGCUAUACACGUUGCGCUUCAUCAAGUUCCCCGACUCGCGAGCACGCAGGCAGCAUCCCAAGCCGCUGUACUGGCAAAUCGCCCAAAUCCACGGCCAGCCGGCGCCGCCUCAUGCUUAUAAGCAGUACGGCAAUGGUCAGCCGGCGGUGAACCAGAUGAGGGACUGGCUCACGGAGAUUUAUGAAGCAAGAGAGAAGCUGAACCCCAAAGACCGCUUGGAGCGGCUGGUGAGGGAUAUGCUGGCGCCGAACCCAGCUCAGCGCAUCACCAUGGAGAGGAUCGUCAGAGAACUCUCGGGCGAACAAACAAGUACAAGUCGCUAA